AUGGAGAGAUUCACAUACCUUCAUGUCCUGACCUUUCUCCUUUUCAUCAACCUUUUCCAACCUCCUGCCACUGUUGUAAGCUCAUUUGGCAAUAAAACCGAUCACUUGGCUUUGCUCAAAUUCAAAGAAUCCAUAGUUGUCGAUCCACACGGGUUCUUGAACUCAUGGAAUGACUCGGUUCACUUGUGCAAAUGGCAAGGAAUUACUUGCGGCAGACGGCAUCAAAGAGUAACAACCCUAAGCCUGCCAGAUGGUGCGUUACAUGGAACCAUAUCACCAUAUAUUGGCAACCUCUCACUUCUUAGGUUCAUCAACCUUAUAAACAACAGCUUCUAUGGCAACAUUCCGCAACAAGUUGAUCGUUUGUUCCGACUGCGACAUCUCAAUCUACGUUACAAUAUGUUAGAGGGGGGAAUUCCAGUGAACCUGACCAUGUGUCCGGAACUGAGCAUCAUACGUAUUGCAGAAAACCGCCUUACCGGCGAGAUUCCAUCAGAGAUGGGCUCGUUGAUGAAGCUUGUGGAACUUAACCUUCAGAAGAACUAUCUGUCAGGAGGCAUCCCACCUUCAUUAGGAAAUCUUUCCUCAAUCACUGCACUUUCCUUGGGAGGGAACAAUUUGGUGGGCACAGUCCCAGAGGAGAUAGGACGACUGAGAAACCUUUGGUACUUUGGUAUACCUAUGUGUAAGCUCUCUGGUAUGAUCCCUCCUUCCCUCUUUAACAUAUCAUCUAUGAAUGUCUUCUCAGUUACGGGUAAUAUGUUGAAGGGCAGCAUCCCGCCUGGUAUAGGCCUAAACAUGCCCUAUCUCCUAAACAUGUCGCUUGGUGGAAAUGAAUUAUCUGGAAAAAUCCCUGCCUCAUUUUCCAAUGCUACUCAACUUCAGAAGCUUGAUGUAUGGGAAAAUAAUUUUGUAGGGCAAGUUCCAGAGAGUUUUGGAAAUCUUCCCAAUAUCAUUUGGCUCAACUUCGGUAACAAUAAUCUAGGAAGUAAUUCAUCCAAUGAUUUGGAGUUUAUAACAUUCUUGACAAACUGCACCAAUCUUGAGAUGCUUUCUUUGACUCAAAACAAUUUUGGAGGUGUCUUACCCAACUCCAUAGCCAAUUUCUCAACCCAACUAACUCAACUCUACCUUGGGAGCAAUCAAAUAGCGGGAACGAUUCCUGAGACAAUAGGAAAUCUCAACAGUUUAAUAGCCUUUGCCCUGGAAGAUAACCUGUUCACAGGUAUCAUUCCAACUUCUUUGGGGAAGUUACAAAAGCUGCAAUUAUUAUCUUUAUCUGCCAAUAGGUUAUCAGGUUGGAUCCCAUCUUCCUUGGGAAACCUCACUCAUUUGUUUCAACUCCUUAUAUCAGCAAAUGAGUUAGAAGGAAGCAUUCCUCCAACUAUUGGUAACUGCCAAAAUCUACAGUGGAUGGAUUUAUCAGACAAUAAACUACUUGGUGGAUAUAUACCAUCACAGGUCAUUGGUCUGUUCUCACUUACCUAUCUCAACUUGUCACAUAACUCACUAACCGGUAGUCUGCCUGUGGAAGUGGGUAAGCUGAAAAAUACCAACACACUGGACAUCUCUUAUAAUAAUCUGACCGGAGAAAUCCCACAAGCUAUUGGAAGCUGUCUGAGCGUUGAAUUGCUUUACUUACAAGGAAAUCUUUUUCAAAGUAUGAUACCCUUUUCUUUAGCUUCUUUGAAAGGUCUUCAGUAUCUAGAUCUUUCUCGGAACAACUUGUCGAGUCAAAUUCCAAAAGAUCUAAAGAGACUUCCAUUUUUGGUAUAUUUGAAUCUUUCAUUCAAUGAUCUGGAGGGUGAGGUACCGAAAGAAGGAGUGUUUCGAAACACAAGUGCAACAUCAUUGGAUGGAAAUACAAAACUUUGUGGUGGUGUUCCGGAACUGCAGCUACCAGCAUGCCCCAUCGUUGUGUUAAAAAAGAGAAAGGUGAAUGGUUUCAAACUGAAGCUCACAAUUUCUUUCGUCGUUGGAUGCUCUCUUCUGUUUGCAGUCCUCUUGGUUUUUUAUUGGAGGAGGAAAACUCAAAAGAAGAAACCAAUAUUUGCAGUAUCAUCAAUCAACUCUCUUUCAAAGGUUUCAUACCAGGCACUUCAUCAAGCAACUGGCGGAUUCUGUCCGAGCAAUCAGAUUGGAUCAGGCGGUUUUGGCUCUGUAUACAAAGGGAUUAUUGAUGAGGAAGAAAACAACAUUGUUGCCAUAAAAGUCCUCAACCUUCAACUUAGAGGAGCUUUAAAGAGUUUCAUGGCCGAAUGCAAUGCACUGAGAAAUAUCCGGCACAGGAAUCUUGUGAAGAUCUUAACUUGUUGCUCUAGCACAGAUCACAAUGGUAAUGACUUCAAAGCUCUAGUUUUUGAGUACAUGUCAAAUGGAAGUUUAGAGGAGAGGUUGCACAGAGAAAACCAAUUUGCAGGAAGUUUGAACCUUGUUCAAAGAUUGAAUAUUGCUGUUGAUGUGGCGUCUGCAUUAUGUUAUCUUCAUGACCAUUGUGAACCACAAAUCAUCCACAGCGACAUUAAGCCGAGCAACAUUCUUCUUGGUGAUGACAUGGUUGCUUGUGUAGGUGAUUUCGGGUUAGCAAGACUCAUAUCUAUGACCACAGACUCCUCUCAAAAUCGAAGUAGCACAACUGGGAUAAAGGGAACCAUUGGCUAUGCUGCUCCAGAGUAUGCCAGUGGUGUUGAGCCAUCAAGAAAAGGGGAUGUAUAUAGUUAUGGGGUCCUGCUGUUGCAAAUGUUCACAGGAAGAAAACCUACUGACGAAAUGUUUAAAGAUGGUUUGAACCUCCAUAACUUUGUCAAGAUGGCUAUACCAGAAAGACUAAUGCAGAUUGUGGAUCCUACUCUUCUUGCCAGUUUAGAAGCAACCACACCUGCAACAACACAAAAUGAAGUGAACUACAUCCGUGGUUACAACAAUGAUGAAAUCGAAACAGAUGAAGAAAACAUUGACAGUGAGAAUUUAAGCAAGAUGAACACUUUUGUAUGGAAAUGCAUACUUCCAAACCUGAAGAUUGGACUUGCAUGCUCGGAAGAGUCACCAAGUAAUAGGAUGUCGAUGGAGGAGGUCCACAGGGAGCUACAGCGUAUCAAAAAUGCUUACAAUGGUAUUGACAUCCGUCGAGAGAGGCCAAGAAGAAGCUAA